AUGUAUUGCGGUACCCCUCCCACACAAGCCAAACAAGUUUGCAGACCCAGUGACCGCAGGUCAACCCGGCCCAAGCCUGCCAGGGUCCCUCCUGAGCUGCUGGGAGGCUCUCCUCCAUGGAAGACUCUUGAUCACAGGCUGGGCCACUGCUCUUUGUCUGAGUCAGGUUGGGUCUCUGGUUCAUCCUCCUGUGGUGGGCCUGGGAACCAAAGAAAAAGUAUUCAUGUUGACUCACUUGAACCCCAGAGGGAUCUUGGCAGGGAGGCCUGGGAUAUAGAAAGCACACCAAUAAUGAUGAAGAAAAAGAAGAAGAAACCAAAGCAAAAGAGAUAUUCUCAACCACGGGCUGGAGGACCUUCGGAUGAUGACAAUGCAGAUAAGCCUAAAGGUCAUCCAUUUGCAGCUGACACACAAAAAUCAGGUGUUCUCCCCAGCCAGCCUACCACUAUGGGUACAGAAUAUGGACUUGUAUCUGGAGAAAACUUGAAAAGGGAAUGUUUAGUUAACUCCAGUGCAGCCAGACUGGUAGCUGAGAACUUUGUCUCAGAGAGUCUCAGAAUUCCUUUAUAUCCUUCUGAAGAAGCCCCCAAAACUGCAAUAAGUUCUCAGUCUAAGCUGAGAGUAGAGGAAGAGAGCAAAAGUAACAAGUCAGUACUACAAAACCAAGACAAGAAAUUGCUGAAGCAACAUGAAUACAAACCACAGCCUGCACCCAUAUCUUUGACUACAUCUCCUGUUUCUGUGCUAACACCAGAAGUCUGAGUCAUGCCUGAUCCACUUUCCAAAGGAAUCAAUGCCUGCAUGGUGCCUGCCACCUUAGGCUGAGUCAUCUCUUUAGGCUCCCCCAUCACCACUGCCUCCGUGAGAUCAGCCUUAGUGCCUGGUUGCUUUGAAGAAUUCAGCCCCAGCUCCUCACUCUUAUCCUGAGUAGUCAUUCCUUCAGUUUUAGAGACUGGCUCACUCGGUAUGAGAACAGCCCUUCCGUCCUUCUGGCUGUCCAGAAGAAAUGGCAGCUCAGAUUUUGCUUUUACCUUCCCAGAAUCUGUUCUCAUUUUCC